AUGUCACCUGAGAUCGAAUAUGUAGAUCCAAUAGACGAUAAACCUAAAUCUCUGGAAAUUAUCGAGAAAUCAGAGAUUCGAGGAGGCUAUACCUCAUUGGUGAAUGAUGAGCCCGAAAUUUCUCCAGACCCAGCUGUAGAGGACGAACUAAAAUCCAGCAAUGAAGAAACUCCCCAGCAGAUAUCAUACCCACCCGGAUAUUCGACCAGGGAGCAACGAGAGGUACGUCUUCGUAAAAAAGCUAUUGAGCUUGGCGAGGAUCCCGAUAAAUUCGUUACUAUAACUGAAAAAGAUAAGCUCGAUUCCAUAGCAUUCCGUGAUAGAAUGCAGACUGAUGCGAGAAUGUGCGGUUAUGCAAAGGAGGCUGAAGAAGAUCCCAGUGAAUAUAUGGACAUGACAGUGCGAGAAAGAUUAAUAAGUGAAGAAAUAAUACGCCGUUCUCUUGAGGAAGAUGGAAUCAUCUCAUCAUGGCUGGGUACUGACGAGGACUGGAAAAAAACUGUUAACAUACUCCAGGAAAAUGGUAUGCUAUG